GGAGGAAGAGGACCGUAUUGCGUUGAAACGAUGUAAACAGACAACAAAAUAACCUGCGAUUUCUACGACAGUUACGUAUCUGAGCGCCACAGAAUGCAGUAACACGACGUGUGUCUGACCAUGAACCCACAAGACGUGUGUCUGACCAUGAACCCACAAGACGUGUGUCUGACCAUCUCCCAACUUCUUGGGACAAACGUUUUUUGGUUUGAGGAUUACAUCAUUCAUCUAGCUCGUGAUGUGGUAAAAGACAAGUCAGUGUAUGAAAGUUUGAGGGGGUUUCCUCUACAACUACCCAAGCUGCCAGAUUCGUGGAGCCGUAUCAUCGGUCGCCUGUGUGACACGGACGAAUAUGAGGCUGUCGCUUUACUCACCACCGGUGUUUUCAUCGACCUUGACCCUUUCCCCACCAUCAUCAGCGAGCUGGCAACAUUGUCCGAAUUUCCCGCCAAUCAGGUCAACGUAGGCCGGAUGUUGAUGGUCUUGAAACAGAAACAGGGUGUCAAGAUUUGGCAUCUAAGACUUGCUUGUAAGCUUGUAGAUUUAGGGGCUGCUUUGCAGACGAUUCAACACAGCUUCAAUAAACCUAUGCUAUUAGCAGUAGUGUCCCUUUGUUUAGAGGGAGAAAAUGAUCAACUGCUAGAAUGUACAUUGAGAACAUUAUCUCCCUUGGAGUGUGAUCUCUGUGAUGAUCAGGGGAACACACCCCUGCAUGAGGUGGCCACACACUCGAAAAGUGUAACCGCAGCUGGGAAGAAAAUUUUAAAAACUUUAUUGAGCGCUGGAUGUCUAGCAAAUUUGGCAAAUAAUGCAGGAAAUCUUCCAUACCAGUGUGUGAGUGUAGGCAGAAGAGGCAAACAGAAAAAUAAAUUAAAUGAAACCCUGUUAAAAGCUAGUCAAGCACCAAGUGCUUUUAUACUUCAAAGGCAAAAAAAGAUUCAUGAAAUGGGAACAAAAGAAUACAAAGCUAAUCAAGAAGAUGCUGCAUUACAACUGUACAUAUCAGCCACAAAGCUGACUUCAGAUUUUCAAAUGGCACAAAUAGAUAUAAAUAUAAAAAUUGAACUGGCCACCCUCUAUCAUAAUAUAGCAUUAAUUUAUCACCAUAAAAAAAAUUAUGAAUUUGCUUUGGUUUUUGCUGAAAAAGGGUUACAAGUACAGCCAAAAUAUUAUAAGAACUAUCUUCACAAGGGGAAGGCUUUAUGUAAAUUAGACCGCAUGGCAGAAGCAAUAGAUGCUUACAUUUCUGGAUUCAAAAAAUGUUGUUCUCAUGAAGAUAAAAUCACAUUCUGUAAAAUGGCGACAGAUUUAUUUCUACUCGUUCCUGCACAAACUUGGCAUUCAAUGGCACUGAAGGUGAAAUUCAUGCUGACUCACAGCAGUAAAGAAAUAAUAGGUUAUCUAUCAAAAAGCAAAUCCUGGCCACCCAAGCAGUCUUGGAAAUGUCUAAGCCACUUUGUUUUAGGAACCACUGAUGGAAAUAAUGCUCAUGACAGUUCAAAAAGCAGAAUAUUCACCAGCAUAGAUGCCAGUGAAGCAACACUGUUUACAAUCUUUCAUGCUCUAUCUGAAGACUUCGAUGCUCCGAAUGUUUUGACACAACUUUUGCGUAAUGGAGCCAACCCAAACAGUCUUGCAGCUUCUGUUAAGGAAACACAUUUUCAUGCUGCCAUCAGGUUCAGUUGUAUCACCAUGGACAUCACAAAUUUAAAACUAAUAUUGGAUUUGGAUGUGAAGCAUGAGGUUUUGUCAUGUGUUGAUGUUGAAGGACGUACGCCAUUCCAUACUUUAUGUGUCGAAGCUGAAAGGAAAAAAAUUGUUGAGAAUUUUUUUUUAGAGCUAGCUGGAAUACUUCUAAAAAGUGGAGUCAGCAUAAAAAUAAAGGACCAAUACAACAGAUAUGCAACAGACUAUUUAAUGACUUCAUCCAAUUUAAAGGAAGGAAUACAGAAACUAAUAAGUGAAACAUCCCAGACAAAGAUAACCAGUACAUGUGAACCUUUAAUUUCUGGAAAAAGUUAUCCAGGUUUAGUAAACAAUGAGGUCUUGGGUCCUACUGCUGUUCAGCUUGAAAAUACUGAUGAGGAGUAUGUAGGAUCAUGGCACAAAAUAAUGCUAAAAGGUGAUGAAGAAUACAAAAAUGGUUUCAAAUCAAGAGCUUUAAAGAUUUACUCACAAGCAAUUGAAGAAUUUUUGAAAAGUUCAGUUAUUACAAAAAGAAAAGUAAAAAGGAAUCUAGCUAAACUUUACAGCAAAAGAUCAGAUUGUUGGGAAUAUGAAAAAGCUGAUGAGAACUAUCAAAACUGUUUAAAAGAUCUGGAAAAAAGCUUAAACUUGGAUGAUACCAAUGUCGAGGUUCAUCUAAAAAAGGCUCAAGUUCAUGUUGCUAUGGGUGAUAAAAGAAAGGCUAUUAUAGCUUUUGCCAAUGCUUGUUUUUGCAGUAAAAUUGAUGUUCAGUGUCAAAUAUUGAAAGAGGCAUUGGUGAUGACGGAACAAGACACAAAGCUGAGAGAUUUGUUAUGCAAAACUUUGAAAAAUUCUACUAAAGACUUGUGGUUUAGAGUGGCUUAUGCUUUUAUACAAGAAGGCAACUGGGAGUUUGCCAGGUUUUCUGCUGAAUGGGGAGAGAAAUGUUCAGGCACUUUACACAACAUGGAUGUUGAUUUCAAAUACAUUUGUCAAUAUAUAGCUUUGAACCCUGAAAAGUGGCUAGGAGAUCUGCUCUUGUUAUUUUUAGACAUGGGAACCAGUUUUGAAAGUUUUCAAUAUGAUGCUGGUGAUACUUUCCUAGAAGCAGCUGUGAAAUGUUCUCAUGCAUUAAAAGACAAUGAGUUACUUAAAAAACUACUGAGGUUGGGGAUGAAAAAAGAAAAUCUUACUUUGAGAGAUCGAGAUAGAAACACAGUUUUGCACAUUUUGUCUGAUCCAGAGACAAAAUUUCCAAUGCAAGGGAGAAAAGAACUUGUAGAAUAUUUUCUGAAAGAAAGGGUAGAUGUACGGGCAAGAAACUGUAAUGGAAAACUUGCAUCAGAGCUUUGUGAUCUGUCAGAUGAAAUCAGAGAUCUUCUUUUAAAAGCAGAGAUGAAAUUUCUUUUAAAGAAACAACUGCAUACAGAGGAUGAAGUAAAACUUUUAUCAUCUUUACUUCCACAAUAUAUUUCAGGAGCAAAUGCCUCACUUUUUCAUGACAUCAACAUUGAAAGUUUGAAAAAAAUUCUGAAAAUUCUAAUAGCAUCUCAGAAAUGGGAAGAAAUUUUUACAUUAGUUAACCUGUAUCAAAAAGAAAAGUCCAUCCAAAACUUUGCAUCUUCUCUGACACUGUUGACUGUUUUAAAUUCACUGCAUGAGAAAUGGAAUUCUAAGGAAAAAGUUAAAAUUCUGUUAUUUUUUCUCAAAUUUGGAGCUGUGGCUGAUAAUACUUUCCUAGAUGUGUGCAUACAAAUGCAAGAGUGGAAGCUCUGUAUCAUGUUUUUGAAAUGGAAUUCUAAAACAGAUUGUCCAUUACAUGAAGCUCUAAAGAUUGCACUGAGAGGGGGCCCAGGAAGUUUUAUUAUUUUUGAGAAACUUCUAGAAAUGCAUAAAAAAGACAAACACUUGGACAUUAAUGCUAUUGAUUCAGAGGGAAAUACUUUAAUGCAUUUAGUAGCUCAGGCAAGUUGUAAUGAGAACUCUAUGAAAGCUUUAGAACUAUUGUUUGAUCACGAUGCUCCAACAGAAAAAGAAAACAAAGUAAAAAAGCUGCCUAUUUCAUAUCUGUCUGAUGAUGAUAAAAGAAAACCCAUAUUAACAAGUGUUAAAGGUUCUACUGAUAAAAAGAAACAAUAUGCAUUAAAUCAGAUUUCAAUAAGAGCACAGGCAAUGUUUAGUGCUUUGCCUGAUGCUAAUAAUGGAUUUUUAACGAGAGUCCAUACUUCUUUAGCUACUGGAGUAGAUAUUUUUACUCUACCACAAAAAGAUGAGAUUAUCACUGAUGACACAAUCACCAUUAUAGAACCAUCAAAAUUUGAUGAGUUAACUUGGGAAAUUGAAUGCACAGAAAGGUUUUGGAAUGUGUUGAAAGUGCAGUUAGAUCAAAAGCUACAUAUAGGCCUAUUGGACAUAAGUGAAAGAAGCAUUGAAGAACUCUCCCAAUCUUCUUUUAAACAAUAUGUAAUCAGAAAGAUUUAUCAAUUGGCAUCUGCAUUUUCUGACUGUGAAAAACAGAUUUUGGAGAAUGGAGUUCCUGACACAUUGGAGAUCUUUACAGUUGAUCUCCCACAUGGCUUUUGUCUACUGAUAGAAGUAGCUGUGGCAUUUUCACCAAGAUGUAGCAAAGAAAGUCUUUUAGGUGCAACAGAUGAACUACAAGGAAACACAGACAAAGUAUACUCAGAAGUUUUAAGACUGUGGGAUAUUGUUUUAAAGGAAAAAGAGUUAGAAGCCACUGUACAGAAGAUCGUUACUUCCCACAAGCUAGGGAAAACAUCUCUUAUACAGAAAACACUAGUAGGGUAUACAGCUGGUUGGGAAUCUGCUCAGAGAAUACCAAUACUGUUUUCUGAAUCUCGUCCUGAUGGUUGUAAGGAAUCAAAUAUGUGCAUGCGCAAAUUAUUUCUUCCAACGAGUAUUCAUAAAAAUGAGUUUCAUAUAAUGAAAUUUUAUUCUUUCGCACCAACUAUGGUAUCUGCAAUUUUAGACUGCAACUUUGUUGAGAUAGAUUUUCCCUUUAAAGUGACUGAACUAGAAUUUGAUAUAAUCAACUGUAAAAUGGAAAAACCAAUAAUGCUCCUGGGACGCAGUGGGACGGGAAAAACAACAUGUUGCCUUUACAGACUCUGGCAGAGAUUUCUUGAGGCCACCAAAUCAAAUGAUUGCCACAAGAUUCCAGAAUCACCAAUAAAUUCUGAAGUUGAAGAAGACACCAACAAUAGCUCUGAAGAAGAAAGUUUUGAAGAAUACCAGCAGAAGUAUAUUCAUCAGAUAUUUGUAACAAAAAAUCCUGUGUUAUGUGAGGAGAUGAGACAAAGUUUUCUGAAGAUGCGACGGGCAUUAGGUUCUCAACUUGAGCACAACGCAUUGCCUGAAUCUUCUUUACCCACAACUUUAUCGAAAUACCAGAACCGAGCAAAGCACAUUACAAAAUAUAUUUGUAUAUGUCACAUCAUUUAG